ACUGGAUAUGUCUCUGCAGGAGGGUCUAGAUCGAUCACCUGUACAGAUGGCGUGUGGAAUGAAGUGAAACUAAAAUGCAAAAGGUUUUUGUAUGUGAUUGAGUAGGCCAAAGAGUGGUUUCUCAGUGUGAGGCACCAACUUAUAAACAUGGAGGUGGAGGUGUGAUGGUCUGGGUCUCCUAUGCUGGAUCCAGAGUCAGCGACUUGCACAAAAGGUUGUGUGGGUCCCCGGGAGACAUUCUGAAUGGGCAGUAUGAUCUUUCUGAGGGGAUUGAAUUUGGCGCCCGGGUUUAUGCCAAAUGUAACAAAGGCUAUACUCUUGUGGGGAGCGGUGAAAGGACCUGUAUGUCCCAAGGCUGGAGUGGCCGAGUUCCUACAUGUGAAGAGAUCUCAUGUCCUACUCCAGUUGUUAAGAAUGGUGUCAGGUUUGAAGGGGGCCCACCACCCUACAAACACCUGUCCUCCGUGACGUUUCGCUGCAACUCUGGAUAUGAGAUGAACGGACAGGCCACUCUGACAUGUGAAAUGAAUGGCUGGUCAGCUGAUGUCCCAUCAUGCAUAGCAGGUGUCGGCAUUCAUGUGGGGGAGGAACGUCUUGGCUGACACACAGUGAGAUAACACGGACCGUCCACAACUUAUUUCCAAGAUGCAAGACCCGAAGACUUCUGGCUAUAUCUCUAGAUUGCAUGUCUUUGUAGUAAUGUCAUGCCUGCCAAUGUAUGACUAUGGUAAUAGGGUACUCUCUGUCCUCAUCCCCCUAUAUACUCGAGGCACAUUGCCAUAAGGCAAAGCCUUUGUUAAAUGCCCAAAUAUAGUGGCUAAUACGGGAAAGCUCCAAUUGAUGGUAAAGUUUGUUGCUUAUAUUUUUUCUGUUAAGUGUUGGUGUGCCUUUGUGUUUGUUGUUGUUCUGUGUGAGACAGGCUGCCACUUUAUUCCACUGUGGGGUUGACUUUUGUUAUUUCUUGUAAGAAACAGCAACAAUAUAGCAAACUGAAAUCUGGCUUAUUUUCUUUGCUUAACCCUUGUGUAAUCCUCUGUAUACUCCACUUGUCCUAAGGGUAAAAAAUGAUCUGCCUUCACCAAAAUUAAUAUCUGGGUUUUCCCUUUUCACUGUGCAGAAAGACUGCAUUUUAUCAGUGUACACCUCUAGUUUUCAUUAUGUCAUAAUUGUUUUCUUUACUAAAGUAGAGGUUCAUUAUUAUUCCUAAAGUACUGCAUAGGUGUUUUACAGCUAAAUGUAUUAAUUGCACUUUUUAAUUAGUAUUUUUGUACAAGAAACCAGGUAAGCCUAGUUCAGCCAGCCCGCAAUAAAAAGUGAUGAUCAUU